CUUUGACACACGGCAUUUUGAUCUGCAGUGACGAUCCGUGACCAUGAGCAGCACCCCGCUUCUGGGCCGUAAGGAACCUCCUUCCUUGCCGCGAGUGGGAAGUCAUGAGGAAAUUGUCAAUUGGCAUGUGGAAUGGGCAGAUGCCGACCAAGAAGCAUGUUGUGUUCGCACAAACACAUUGCCGCUCACACCACAACUCGCCGCGUUGAGCUCCAUCACUAGAACUACGCUCUUGUUAGUUGCCUGUGUAGCUCUUUAUUGUGAGAUUCUUCCUGCGUCUUUAUUUCGAUUUGGCAGGCGCUCGAAAUGCUCACGUCCUUUUGGUCAAUAGUAUGCUGGAUAUUUCUCCAUGGUUUAGUGCCCAGAGCACCAUUGACUCAAUCUCAGUCCUGGCAUCAAUAUGUGCGCGCACCAUCAAGCAGGAUUGUUGAGCCCAAGGCUGUUUUGUCACAAUAUUCUCUAGGCAAUGUGACUGAUUCCGAAGCUCUCGUCAACCGCAAAGGCGGCGUGAUGUAUCUUACACGAGCGAGCAACUCCGAUGUUGUACCAACGAUUGUUGUUGAUUUUGGUCAGAACAUUGUUGGGCUUCUCGAAAUCGGGUUCGCCAACGGUUCCACAAGUUUUGCUGUACAAGGGCGGCCCGGCUUGAAGCUGAGUUUUUCAGAGACACUGAAGUUCUUAACGAACAGAAGUGAUUUCACAAGGUCUGAUAACGGUGAAGCUACACUCAAGAUUACGCCUGGGACCGACCAGGUCGCAGUUCAGCCUCAAUCAUAUACUUGGCUCGAUCAAUGGGGUUGCGAGCACGGUAGCCAAGUGUGCUCUGAUGGGCUGCAUGGGUUUCGAUAUAUGAAGAUUGAGCUAGAUGCGUUGCAGAGCGACUCUCCUUACACUACGCCCACUGGCCAUGUCGCAAUUUCAUCCAUUAGUUUACACUGGUCAGGUUAUCUAGGCACCCCAGAAACAUUUUCAGGGUGGUUUGAAUGCUCUGACCGGGACAUGACUCAAUGGUGGUACGAUGGCGCGUAUACGAACGAGAUGAACACGGACAUCUUCAGAAGUAACGACACGGAACCUCGCGAUGCCACCAGUCCCUCGCUUCUCGGCAAAGUUGUCAUACAUGACGGUCCGAAGCGUGACCGAGACCCAUACCUUGGCGAUCUGGCUGUAUCGGCGCUGACCAACUACCUGACUCAUGAUAUAGCAGAUGCCGCAAGAAAUGUGCUAGAAGAUCUCGUGCAGUAUCAACGGAGUGAUGGUUGGAUUCCACCAGCUAGUAUACGAAAUUACGCACUCCCACUUUUCGACUAUCCUCUCUGGUGGGUAUCCUGCAGCUGGGAUUAUGUCUAUUACACCGGCAAUGUAUCGUAUAUCGAGUCGUACUACGCGAACAUGGAACUUCUCCUCGACAACUAUUAUCCAAUGCAUACGGACAGCAGUAACUUACUACUGGUACGGCCAGAUGGAUAUGGCGAUUUUGCUUUUCUUCAACGUCCAGGAUCCAGUGCGUACUAUAGUGCGCUAUAUGUUCUAGCUCUUCAACGAGCAGCUGAUCUGGCAGACUUACUUUCGCAAGAACUUGACUCUACGCGAUGGCGCCAAAGGGCCAGGCUCGUCGCACAAUCAUUUGCAAGCGUACUCUGGGACCCUUCAGUACAAGCGUUCUUUGACCGAAAGUGCAAAGACCCAGGUUGCGACGCGCAUGCCCAGGAUGGAAAUAGCCUUGCGAUCCUCUCUGGUAUUGUCUCUGGUAAUUCAAGCGCCGCCGAAUCUCUAUUAGCGUACCUGUCAACGGCGAAUUCACGCCCAUACGGUAACACAUUCUACGACAGCGGAGGCGACAAGCUGAGUGGCUGCGAUGGCUGCUCGCAGCGCGUCUACCCUUUUAUCUCAUACUUUGAGGUUGCAGCCCGUUUUGAUUCAGGACAAGCAUCGUCGGCGCUAGAACAAUUGCGUCGAAUGCACGGCUGGAUGUCGACUCAGGACCCGGGCAUCACCUUCUGGGAGGGGAUCGGAUCAGGUGGCGUGCCAUAUGAAGAUGCGUUUACUAGCAUGGCACACGGUUGGAGCACGGGAAUUGUCCCCCUUAUGGUUAAUUAUGUCCUGGGUGUAAAACCUAUCAAACCAGGAUUUGAGGAAUGGAGCGUCCGGCCUCACGCAGGAGGUCUGAGCUGGGCUAGGGGCGUCGUACCAACACCAAGGGGUAACAUCAGUGUACAGUGGACAACUGAUAAUAGGCAGAUUGACAUUUGUGUCGAUGCGCCACCCGGUACAUACGGAACCAUUGGAGUUGUUAGCAGUAGGUUCCAGGAAGGAAUGGUGGUAAUUAAUGGGGAACUUGAAUGGUCUCGUGGCAAGAGUGUCGCUGGGAGGGCUGUGCUGGUCAAUGGACACAUCGAGCUUAAGGUGACUGGUGGAAACUCAAAGGUCAUGAACUGCUGGGAUACUUGAGUACAUAUUCGUAACGACGAAGUAAUAAGAUGCUUGGCGCGAAAUAUCCAUGAGAAUGGUCCUGUUAUUGAAGGAUGGAUCGGCAUGGUCACGCACAUUCGCUUCCGUUGAGACGGUUCUAGGCUCCGAUGAGGGGCUAGUCAAGGGUUAUAGUUCUUAAUCAUCAUGGAAAACACCAGGGGUGAGAACGCAAAUCAAUUUCACGUCUGUGUGGUAUAUCUA